AUGUUCAAGGGACAGGAUUUAAGCACUGGCUUGCAACAAUAUAAAACGUUGGAAAGACGCUGGCAUCUGCAGCUAAAUAUUUGUGGUCAACGAGCAGAACAAGAUGCAAGAAGGUACUUUCAAACAUACUUAUAAUGCAAAAACGUUGAAGAGUUUGAAUCAUUCACUAACUAUUCCUAAGACAUUACACUGUAAUCUAAAGAAUCUGCAAAUUUUAAAAUGUUUUUGUGGCCAUUCCAACCUAUUAUCAACCAUACGAAUUAAAACGUCAUGCUUCAAAGAACUCUUGCAAAAGAAAUAUAUUGAAUCUCGUUGAUAUUAAAAUAACUAGUAUUAACAAUGCAGUGUCAACAAAUUUCCCUUCGUUUCUUAUUACAAAUGCUUGCCAUUUGUCAAAUAAACUCGAUGAAUUGUGAACUGUUGUUAACAUUAAUAAUGUCUCUGUUGCAGUCAUGGCUCUCAUCGGAUAUACCAGAUUCAGCAAUAAAUCUUAGUUCUAAUCUUACAAGAGGGCCCCCUAUACCUCUUCACAAAAUGCUUUCACGUAAAAAUAUUUUGCCUUUUCACGAGUCACGGAUUAAGAAAAUCAUCGAUCACGUUUCACGGCCUUCACGCUUCACGCAAAAAGUAUGGGGGCCCGAUCACGUUUCACGGCUAAGUAAAAUAAGCCCUUCACGCUUCACGCAAAAAGUAUAGGGGGCCCUCUUACAAGUUAUCGUUUAGACAGAAAAUACCCAGGUGGGGGUAUAAUUACAUAUAUUCCUCCAAAAUACCAACACAAUGUUUGACAGAAUUUCAGGCAGAAGGCAAAGAAAUUCUAUGGCUCUUGUUAAAACCGCCACAAAUACCAUAACCGUUUAGCACUAUUUUGCUCAUCGGAGUUUACUCACCACCCAGGUCAGACAGUGGAAUCAAUGAAGGAAAUAACUAAAACUAUCUCAGAUGGAAUUGAAUCGGUUUUGUGUAAUAGGCCAUCAAGUGGUGUAAUAGGCCAUCAAGUGGUAUAAUUAUAACUGGAGAUUUUAAUAAACUUAAUUUAGACCCGUUAUGUAGGCAAUUUGGUUUACGAAAAUGUGUGAAAUCUCUGACUAGGGGUAAUGCCAUCCUUGAUCAAAUUCUAACUAAUAUGUCCCAUUUGUUUGAACCUGCUCAACAUCUACCUCCAUUGGGGCAUUCUGACCAUCAAUGCCUACUUUUUAAACCUAAGCAAUGGAUGAAGCUAUCACUGAUUACAAAGAAAUUCUUACCAAUGAAGCCAGGCAAUCUACAAACACUACAAGCUGAAAUGUCUAAAGAAACAUGGGAAAGUGUUAUAAAUGCUGAGGAUGUUGAUAAUGAGGUGUUUAUAUUAAUAUCCCUGUAA